UUUCUACGAAUAGUCACAGCAAGUAAAACAAAACUUGCAAGUGACGGCGAUGGUCAGUUCCAAAAAAAUAUACACCUGAAUUCCGAACUUUUUUUACCGUUCGACAAUUAUUCAAGGUUUUUUGUUGCACAACCUGUGAUAAUUUCUUUGGCAGAACCACUUAAAUUACUAUGCCUAAACAACAGAAAAAAGGUGUAACGCUUGACAAUGUCUCCCAUCCAAGGAGUAGAAAAGCCAUUAAAAUGUUCAAGGAAAGUAAAAAACAUGCAGCUAGAGAGAAAACUAAAAUGGCUACAUAUGUGAAACAAAACCUUAUUGGUGAGAAAUUGUUGUGGUUUAAGGAAAGGAUUCCUACGGACGUCACCAUUUGUUCUAAAAGUUGCAUCGAUGAACUUCUUCAAACGUACCUUAGUAGAUUUGAUGAAGAACUUGAACAAAUACGUAUGAAGCAUUCCAUUGGGCAGCGCAAAAAUCGUCAACAUGCUAGUCGAGAGGAUUUAAUUCGUCACACUCAAGAGAGAGAGAAGGAGGAGUACAAUACAUGUGGAAUGGAAAUGCCAAACCUUUUAGAUGCUUCUCAAGUAAAGAUUCUUCGCGAAUGGAAUGGCGAGCUGCGGUUUCUACAGAACUUCAAGCUAGUCCGAUUGGGAAAAAAACAUUUACAGGAAUCAAGUACUAUGGAUAUAGAUGAGCUAGGUACCACAUCUGAAAAACCUAUUGUUGAAAGUACAGAAACCACUGUUGAAGCGUUGCUCUCAGAGGACAAAGAUGAGAAAAUGACUGAAUAAAAUUCACAAUAUCUGGCAAA